AGGAGGACGAUGCUUUAAAUCCAUCAGAGCAGAGAGGAGCUCCAGAGUCUCUUCGUCCAUCAGGAGGAAAACAUGAACGUCCAGCAGCUCCUCAUCUUCUGUUUAUCAGCCGCGAUACUGGACUCAAACCUCAGCGCUGCACAAAAAGUCCUCAUAAAACUGGAAGGAGAAGUUCUCAGAGAGCAGUUUAACUUUCCUGGAGUGCUUCAGGGGAGCAAGAAGUUUCUGUGCAGGAAUGAGUGUAACCCUGGAGACGUCCUGAUAGAGACUGAAGGAAACCGAGCAGUGAGCGACAGAUUCACCAUCAGAUACGACCAGAGCCAAGGGAAACUCCACGUGGUCGUCACAGGGCUGAGGAAGGAGGACACCGGGAGAUACAGAGUUGGUAUCAGAGGAUCUUCGUCCUCUCAGAGCUUCCAGGAGUUUGAACUUAAAGUCAAAGAUCUGUGUGAUGGAGGCGUCGUCUCUGCAGAGCCCAGAGUCUACAGAACCACUGAAGGAGGAGAAAUCACCGUCAGAUGCUCGCUGUUUGUACAACAGCGAAACAGGAAGUUCCUCUGCAGGGACGACUGUAAGAACUUCCUCUUCGACACCAACGACCCCAAAGCCUCCAGCGACAGAUACAGCAUCGAGUUUGGGGACCAGUCGUACUUUAACGUGACCAUUGGACAGCUCAGUGGGUCAGACUCGGGAACGUACAGGUGUGGAGUCGGACGACGGCAAGACAACAAUGCCUGUCGGCAGUUUGAGAUCAUAGUUGCAGGCGAUGGAAGAAGAAACACAACGCUGCCGAAUGUCGAAACCUAUGACGACUGCGACGGCGGUUUAAGACUGGAAGCUUCAAACUACCAGGAGCUGGAUGUGCAGAGGAUGGAGGAGAAUCUGUACUCGUCACUGGAGAUUCUACCAAACUACCACUGA